UAUCUGGUUGGGCCAGCCUAUCCGCUCCCCCACUGCAGAGAGGGUGUGUGGCUGGGCCUGACGGCCCGAUCUCCCACCAUAGGGCAGGGGCGUGUGGGUGGCCCAGACGGCCCAGCAUAAAGAGGGGUGGUGUGGGGCUGGGACGGGCCAGAUGCCUGCUCCCUCAUCACAGAAAGGGGUGGAGCUGUUUUGUGGCUAGGUCAGUGUGCCUGCUCUGGGGUUUUCAGUCUGGUCCUCACUGGGCAGCCCCAUCUGGAGAGGCACAGAGGAGUCAGUCCCUUGCCGUGUAGAUGGGGGAGUGUAUUUGUGCAGGUCUCGCUCUGCCCAGGCUGCUCUCAUGCUCAGCACCUACAGAGGCCUUAGUUAGUUCCACUGACCCCUCCCCCUGCCUCUUCCUGUGACUGGGCCUCCCCAGGCCAGGCUUCCCUCAGACAACCCCUAAACCUCCUGCGUCAGGGCUCCGCUGACCCCGUUCUGCAUUAGUCUUGGGCAGUGCACGAGGGAAACACGAAUGAGCCAAAUGGAUUUCAUCUGAUCAAUCUCAGGGCUGCACAUGGCCAGGGAACCUUCUGUCCUGAAGGCAGUUCUGUUGUGGUCCCUCUCCACCAGGCGGGGGGAGGAGGUGGUGAUUUGUGCCAUGGUCCUCCCUGGGAAGCAAGUAGGAGCAGGGGGCACCCAACCUUCUGUCUCCAUCCCUCAGUGGGCAAAUCAUUGGUUCUGAGGCUCCACAUCUUGUGGUCUGUAAUGAUAAAAUGGUCUGGGAAGGGGUGGGGGUAUUUCUCCCACAGCCCAUGAUGCUGUGAAUGUGCCCCAUAGUGGCCUCUCUAAUCUGUCCAGGGCUCAUCACCCCAAUCCCAUUAAGGCCCCUUUAAACUUUGGGAGUCAUGUAAUCAGGCUGUCUUAGACCUGGGCAUGACAGGGAAAUGGGACCAUGGGGGGGCCUGGAAACUGGACAAAGCUUGAGGUGGGGCCUUCCCAAUCCCAGGGGCUCUGGGGCCCUGUUCAUUGCUCCAUGGCUGACAAAUUAAUCCAGUGCUGCCCUGACCCAGUUCAUGGUGAAAGCCAGCCUGUAUCAGUAGCAUCUGCUGACUCAAUCUCUUCUCCCCUUCACCCCUAAUGACUGGAGCAGCCCCAGGGAUCCAGUGGCCUUGCCCCUUAGCUGGGGUGUGCAAGCUUCAUGCCAGAAGCUGAGAUCUGGGUCCCCUAUCUGGUCUUUAAAGAGCUCCCCCACCUUCAGGGCAGCCAGUUAGCUGCUUGGGCAGUUCCCAUGAGGUCACUGGGUGAUUAACUGAGCCCUGAUUCCAAUCCUCCCCUCAUGUUAUUAUCCCUGUUCUGGGACAACUCCCGCCCAGGGCAGCACCUGCCCCCGCCCCUAUCUGAUCUGGGCUCCCACCUUAGUCUGUAGGUGCAGGGGUUGGGAACAUCUCCCUGGAGCAGGCAGCCCUCAUAGUGUGGGGGAUGGGGUUGAGAGUGCAGUCCAGGGAGGAGGGGAUCCAAGAAGAGAGCACUCUCCCUGGGUUGGGGAGUAUUGAAUGCAGGGGGGAUCCAAGAGCUGGGAGUACAGGGGGGCCCAGCAGGGAUGCUCUUGUCAGGUUGGGGGGCACUGACAAUGCAGGGGGUCCUAGUGGGGAGCACUGACUAGAGGAAUCCAGCCCCCCAUCCCUCUAUCCCAGCCCCUCCCUCCCCUCCCCCCGGCACCAUAGGGCUGUUGUGCCCAGAGGAUUAGCUUGGUGUCAGGACAAAGCGCUUAUGGUGCCUGGAGCAUCUGUCAGCUCCUUGCCCUGGGGACUGCUGGGCCCUGUAAUCCCCGCACAUCCUGCGAUGGCCCAGGGUAGCGCCUGAUGCAUCGCCAUGGCUGAAGGAACUCGGGAUUGUAGUGGUGCUCCAUCCCAGGCAGUGCUGACCCCUGGUGAGGCCUGCACCCCCAUCCAGCUACCUGUGGCAACCCCAGGGCGGAACAGCCUGGCCCAGCCCCACGGCACUGACCAGGAGAUGCAGUGGCUAUCAGAAGUGGGAAGGAGUCUCAUCCAGACAGAGCCUCCUGCACAGAACCAGUUCUUCCUGGAGCCGUGUGAGAUGGGCAAAGGCGCCCCUACGGGGCCAUGUGAGGGGUUGUGCAAAGGUCCCCCUGAGGAGAUGUGCGAGGCGAUGUGCGAGGAUCCCCCCAGGGAGCCCUGCGAGGUGGCGUGCGUGGAGCUGUGUGAGGACAUUCUUCCCUGGGAGCUGUGCAGGGAUCCCCCCAUGGAGCCAUGUGAAGGGCUGUGCAAGGAGAUGUGCAAAGAUCCUCCCCCCAGGAAGCCAUGCCAAGGCCCCCUUGGAAGUCCAGUGCAGGGGAAGGCCCGGCUGCCGUCCAUCGUGGUGGAACCCACAGAGGCAGGAGAGGUGGAGAGCGGGGAGCUGCGCUGGCCCCCAGAUGACUUCCUGCUGCUGGAGGGUGAGGACGAGCUCUUCACUGAUGAAGAGGAGCAAGCAGCAGAGCCCGGGCCCGGCCCCCCUGCUCUGGAGAGUACCCUGGAUGAAGUGCUGCUGUGAGGCUGCUAGGGGCAGAGAGGACCCCACUCCCCGCCUGGCUCCAGACCCCACUAGAAACCCAGCUGUAGCCUGGGGAGGGAGAACGUAGCUCAGGACACCCUCCCCAGGAGCUGGACAGCAGCAGGAGGGGAUGGGCCCCCUGCCACCAGAACCUUAGGGGGCAGAAUAAGACCAGCCUGGCUGCCUGGAGCUCCCUCCUUGCUGGAUCCAGUGCCCCUCAUCUGUGAGCAAGAGACAACCUGACUUUGAUCUGGGACAGCAGCACCACGGGGCACGCAUUGCCCCCACCACCUCCAGGAGCUGGGGCCCAGACUGGGCACCUGCUCUGUAUGGACAGUGGGGACCCAAGGCUCAGGGGGGCCAACCGCCUGCGGGGUUUGUGCUGGUGGGUAUAAGCUGCCCCCUCCUCCCCUGCUGAGCUCAGCAAUAAAAGGUUC